AUGGAUUUAAAGACUGGGGGGAAGAGCAUCUCCGCUUAUGGAGAGGCUCGCGCGACGUUGGAGGGCAAGCCUCUGGACGCCGAGGAAGUCCGCAAGAUGAACGCCUACUUUCGGGCUAGCAUGUACCUUUGCUUGGGCAUGCUCUACCUCCGCGAAAAUCCACUUCUUAGAGAGCCUCUCAAACCGGAACAUAUCAAGGCUCGACUGUUGGGCCAUUGGGGAUCUGACGCUGGCCAAUCCUUCACCUGGAUUCACAUGAACCGCCUUAUCAAGAAGUACGAUCUUGAUGUGCUUUUUGUUUCUGGUCCUGGGCAUGGUGCCCCUGGAAUUAUAUCGCAGUCCUACCUUGAGGGCGUUUACUCAGAAGUCUACCCUGAUAAAGCUAAGGAUACUGAAGGGAUGAAGAAAUUCUUUAAGCAGUUCUCGUUCCCUGGUGGCAUUGGUAGCCACGCUACUCCUGAAACUCCCGGCAGUAUCCACGAAGGUGGUGAACUGGGAUAUUCGAUCUCUCAUGACUUUGGAUCCGUCUUUGACAAUCCCAAUCUCAUCACUUUGAUUAUGGUUGGAGAUGGUGAGUCGGAGACAGGCCCACUGGUGACUAGCUGGCACAGUACCAAGUUCCUGAACCCAAUAACCGACGGUGCGGUUCUCCCUAUCCUCCAUCUCAAUGGAUAUAAGAUCAACAACCCGACCGUUUUGGCAUGA